AAGUUAGUCUUGUUCGGGAAGCCGGCAUUUGCGCGCCAUUGUAGUUAGUACUAGGAAAACGGGAGUUAUUUUUGCAAUUAACAAUGGUUGUUUCUCUUCAUUUUGCAGCUUUAACCCUCAAAGGUAAAAACAGUGAAAUCUGGGAUCCAGAAGCGAAGGGAGCUGAGGAUUAUCAAGGGGGACAUAAAUUGAUCAUUAAACAAGCUUUGUUGGGACCCGAAGCCCAAGAAGGUGAAGUAAAUGUCGUUCAAGUAGAAGCUAUGACGUGGAAAGACUCAGUUAAAAUUCCAAUUGCCACAUUAAAAGCCGGAGGCCCAAACAACCAAGUAUUGUUAGAUCUGUCAUUCCCAGACCCACCAGUCACAUUUUCACUUAUACAAGGUAAUGGACCAGUUCACAUUGUAGGCCAUCAUUUAAUUGGUAGUCCUAUGGAAGAAUUUGAUGAAAUGGACGAAUUAGAAGAGGAAAUGUUGGAUGAUGAAGAAGGGGAAGAAGGAGCUGAGGAGGACGAAGAUGAAGAUGAACCCAAAGCCAAAAAAGCAAAAUCAGCGACUAACGCCAAGGGCAAAACUCCCGUUAAAAACAAUUCAAAGGCUGCAAAGAAAUAAAAAGUUCAUCUAAUCCCCAAAACCACCUCCUUUGUAAUGUUAAGUUAGUUUUUUAAUGUAUCUCUCGGAGUUGUUAUUCAUCAACAGAUCAAUAGUAACAAUUUCUCUUAUAAUAUAAGUAUAAUAUGUUUCUUGACGUCAUAAGAUUUUGUGAAAGUUUCUUUUAUUCCAGGUGUAACUCUUAGUUUUAAUGUGAUUAAUAUUUUUAAGUUGGAAACGUAUUUAUUUCCUUUAAAAUCAUCCAAUUUUGUUGUAAAUAUGCAGCCCUCAUUAAACCAUUUUUUGUAGU